CCUCUCAGUUAUCCAUACAAACCUGACACGAUUCCACAGUCCCUGCUGUUGACGAUCAGCUUCGGAGUUCCGUUUCUUGUGAUUGCGGUGACAGAAAGCAUCAGAGCUGCGGUGAACCUUCGGCUGACGAUGAAGUUCAGGUCGGAAAUGAUGAACUUGGCAAAGGCCUACAGCGUGUUCAUGUUUGGGAUGACCAUCAACUGUAUCUUCACAGAUGCCGUCAAGUUCUCUUCGGGAAGACCUCGACCUCAUUUCUUCGACGUGUGUAGGCCUGAUUUUACAAAGAUCAACUGUACCACAGAUACAGGCAUGGCAAG